CAGAGCUGAAGGCUGCAUGGUGGAUUCAGAAACUGCCUGCUUAAUUUCAAAAGAACAAUGGUAGGGAAGGCUAGGUCUUCCAAUUUUACCCUGUCUGAAAAGCUUGAUCUGCUAAGCCUUGUGAAGCCAUAUGUGAAAAUUCUCGAAGAGCACACUAAUAAAAAUUCAGUAAUAGUGGAAAAGAAUAGAUGUUGGGAUGUCAUAGCAGUUAACUAUAAUGCAAUUGGAGUAGACCGCCCUCCUCGAACAGCACAGGGCCUACGCAGCCUUUACAAAAGGCUCAAAGAAUAUGCCAAACAGGAGCUAUUGCAGCAAAAGGAGGCCCAAUCAGAUUUUAAAAGCAAUAUUUCCGAGCCAACCAAGAAAGUUAUGGAGAUGAUUCCCCAGAUCUCCAGCUUUUGCCUGAUAAGAGACAGGAACCACAUACAAAGUGCGAACUUGGAUGAGUCUGCCCAGGCUGGUACCAGCUCGAUGCAGGUAAUGGUGGAUCACCAGCCUGUCGCUAUUACAGUAGAGGUGAAGCAAGAAGAGGACAUUAAAGCGUCCCCUCCACUGGUUCCCAAUCCUCAGCACAAUGAUUCUGUAGAGCAAAGAGAAGAGCAUGAAUUAAUGCAUGCCAUGGAAGAACCCUUGUCUCCAUCGCUCUCUUCUGUUGAUAUGAGAAUGACAUCAUCUCCGUCUUCUGUCCCAAGGAGAGAUGAUUUUUGUCAUCAUGAAAGUGGAGAACACAUUAGGUCUCUGCUAAGAUGUGACCCUCAGGUCCUGCAAAUGUUCAAAGAGGAACAUCAGAUAAUUUUAGAAAAUCAAAAGAAUUUUGGAUUAUAUGUUCAGGAGAAGAGGGAUGGAUUGAGAAGAAAGCAGCAGCUAGAGGAGGAGCUGCUAAGAGCAAAGAUCGAAGUGGAGAAGCUGAAAGCGACUCGCUUACGGCAUGGUCUGCCCGAGUAUAGUAGUCUCUAAGAGUUUUUUCAGUCUUGCAAUUUGAUCAUUUUAAUUUUGUCACAAUUAAUUUGGGAGUAUCGUGAAGCUGAGCACGUGCCCUAUAAAAAUGUUGCUAAUCUCUCUUAUAAAAAAGCUUUUAACAUGAUUUUCUUUUCCUUUCUAAGCCUAUUUUUUUUUAACACAAUUUUCUAAGUAUUUAAUUUUCUCUUUAGAUACUAAAAUUUACUGACUGGUUGACAUGGUAAUCCAGCUCAUUGUCUUCCCUCAGUUUUUUUCUAAGACAUUUAACUGUUGGUCUUAUGUAAGAUCUUUUAUUUUGAUUAUAAAAGAAAUAAUACAAAUAGAUUUGCAUAUGGUGCAUAAGCCUGUAAUCACAGCACUUGAGAGGGAAAGGCAGGUCAGAAGAUCAAGGCCAUCCCAGUUUCAAGGUCAGCCCGUGCUAUGUGAAAUUUUGUGUCAAACAAAACAAAAUGCAUAAAAUUGUAUAAAUGCAUAAAUAGUAUUUCAAAGUACUGAAUUUUCAACAGUUUUAGUUACAAUUUUGAAAGUUAGAUUUAAGAGAAAGAGAGUUAGUGUCGGAUUAAGUACCUAAUAAAUGGUAAGCAUAUACAUUUGUUGCUGAGCUACAUCCAUAGUCCUAUAUUUUCUUGUUUGGAGACAAGAUCUCACCCUGUAGCCCAGGCUAGCCUGGAAUACAAGUCCCUCUUGCCUCAACUGUCUGAACACUGGCAUAAUAGGUGUGUGCUAUACUAACAGUAACAGCAAACACGUAUUGAUGACAUUGGUUUUGUCUUUAUCUUUGGGAAGAGUGGGUUUAGAGACAGAAGAUAUUUGGAAAACGCUUCAAUUUAGAGGUAAUAAAACUGAAGUCGAGGAGGACGCCAUCAUUUAUUUCAGGCAGCAAAGCUUUUUAUAGCAGAGUAAGCAUCGAUACUUAGUUUGUUUUCUGGAGGGAGCAGGAGGUAAUGGUGGUAAUUUGUAUUCCUUCUUUAUUCUAUAGAAGUAAAAAUCUCAGAAUUAUUUAACUAAUUAGAGAACUUAUUUAAUUAUAAUCACCUUUUGGGUUGGAGAUGUAGCUCAAGGGGAGAGCACUUUCUGGUGUGUUUGAGGUUCCUUCUCCAGGCGACAAAAGAAAACUUACUUUUCUACAUGGUUGGGUUCGGAAGCCUAGGGUGUUGUGGCUCUACUCCACCCUCCUCCCUUUUUUUUUUUUGUCCUGCUAAAAGAGAUCAGGUCUUUUUAUUGAAAGUAGUGCAUAUUUUGACCAUGUGAUUAAAAUUAUCUUAAUUCAUUUUAAAUGUUUUUCUUGAAAAUGUUUCCUUCACAGUAAAGUUAGAGUUAAAAUGAAAACUGCUUAGAAUGAAAAUAACAAAAAUCUUGUUUACAUAUAAUUUAACUUGUAGAUUUUUAAAUAUUGUAGUACUCAUGGAAAUAAAAUCUUGAUUUUUAUAAAUCUUACAUAUUGAAUUUAUGUUAAAUAUUUAAUAUGUGUCUUGCAUAUUUGAUUUCCAUUUUUUGCCGAGAUUUUGAUGAGGAAGGACUUUAAAAAGCCAGGUUUUCGGAUGGAGCAGGUAGAGUUUCAGAAAUCCUGGGGAUAAGGGUGCUUGAUGUCAGAGUGAGCUCUUGCAGAGACACAUGCAGAGUGGGAUGGAGUGGCUCAAGGUGUCCAAGCUCGAUGAGUCAGGCGGCUUUGAGGUGAGGAUCGGGAGAGUUUGGGCUUUUGGUAACUUGAAUGACCUGGGACAUAUUAUGUAGACCAGACUGGCCUCAGUCUUACAGAGAUCAUCCACUUCCAGGGUGCUGGAUUAAAGGUGUGCCUGGUAGACAUCUUUCUUGACUACAUUGGGUAGCUUCUGUUUAGUUCAAGUUGAAAUUUUACAUGCAGGAAUACAUCAGAAAUCUGUAUUUUGUGUGAAAAUUUCCAGUUUUUAAAUGUUUGCAAG